UCCAAGAAUCCCCAAAUGCUGGAUAUGCUAGGUAGCAUCCUGGCACCCGGGCAUCUUCACUUGAUUGCCGGCAGUCGAAAGCCAGGGGCAAAAUGCGCCUGGCCCCUGGCUAAUUUCGAAGGCUGGUGUGGUUGUGCAGCUCUUGACCUUCCUUCUCCCCACAGAUCCGGCGCCAUGGCUGCUAGCAGGUUGUUCGUGAGCCCCCAGCCCACGGACGUGGCCACCGCCGUGGUGCUCUGCUUGGUGCUGCUGUGGGGCACCUCCGCGCAGCACGAGGGCUUUCACGGCCACGCUCACGAGGACUUCCACCACGGCCACAGCCACGCUCACGGCCAUGGCCACACACACGAGGAUAUCUGGCAUGGCCAAGCACAUGACGACGGGCACACGCACGAGCAUAUCUGGCACGGCCACGAUGACGGCCACGGGCACACGCACGAGGGUAUCCGGCACGGCCAUGCUCACGAGGACCACCACGGACACAGCCACUCGCACGGGGGCCACUCGCAUGAAGGCUUGCACCAUGGGCACUCGCACGAGGAUUUUCACCACGGACACAGCCAUGGGCAUGAGGGCCACCACCAUGGUCAUGGCCAUUUCCACGACGGUCCUCACCACCACAGCAACUCGCACGAGUCUCCUGCUGGCGGCCCCAGCAAGGCCCAAUCCUUCCCUGGGAACGAGAAGCCUUUGCCAAGGAGGGGGAAAUUGGAGCCGCUGCAGUUGUGGACUUACGCCAUUGGCGCCACUCUCCUCAUCAGCGCUGCCCCGUACUUCAUCCUCUUCCUCAUCCCGGUGGAGUCCAACACCUCCCAGCACCAAGCCCUCCUCAAACUGCUGCUCAGCUUCGCCUCGGGGGGGCUUCUGGGAGACGCCUUUCUGCACCUCAUCCCUCACGCGCUGGAGCCGCACUCCCACCACGGGGAAGGCGCAGGACACAGCCACGUGAAGCCGGAAUCCCACGGGCAUUCUCACCAGGGUUCUGAGCACCAGCACAUGAUGUCGGUGGGCCUCUGGGUGCUGGGGGGUAUCGUGGCCUUCCUGGUGGUGGAGAAGUUCGUCCGGCACGUCAAAGGAGGCCACGGACACCACAGUCACAGCCACGUUCCCAAAGCCAAGAGCAGCGACGACGAGGCAGAGAAAGAGCCUUUGCGGGGAAAGACGUCGGAGAAAACCGCAGCCCCCUCCCAGGGGAAGCAGAAGCCCCCCGACUCUGCCAUGCGCGUGUCUGGCUACCUGAACCUGGCCGCUGACUUUGCCCACAACUUCACGGACGGGCUGGCGCUGGGGGCGUCCUUCCUGGCGGGGGGCACAGUGGGGGCCGUCACCACCCUGACGGUCCUGCUCCACGAGGUGCCCCACGAGGUGGGCGACUUCGCCAUCCUCGUCCAGUCCGGCUGCAGCAAGAAGAAGGCGAUGAAGCUUCAGCUGGUGACGGCGCUGGGCGCCCUGGCGGGCACGGUCUGCUCGCUGCUGGCGGAAGGCGUGGGCGAGGCGGCCACGGCCUGGAUCCUGCCCUUUACGGCCGGCGGCUUCAUCUACGUGGCCACCGUCUCGGUCAUCCCCGAGCUGCUGCAGGACUCGGGGCCGGUGCAAUCGCUGCUGGAGGUGCUGGGACUGGUCGGCGGAGUCGCCAUGAUGGUCUUCAUCGCCCAGUACGAAUAGAGUGGAGGGGGGGACAGGGAGGGGGCCAGGCGCCCGUUUGGGGCAGCGGAGGCGGGACCAAGGCGAAACGGACAGCCCGGCCCCCCACUCCCUCUCCAGCUCCAUCUGGGGUCCAGACAUUUCAGCCACUGCAGCACACCUCCCUUCCUCCAGGGGGCGCUGUGUUGGUGCUGCAGGAAGAGGAAGUGGAGAAAAAACGACCAGUCUGGGACUUCCCGGGAGGCCAGCUCUUCUGCUCUGCUUGGAGAUAGCAAAAUGCCCUUUUCUAUAGGGCAGGGGUGGGGGGUAGGAAGAGAAUUUUAGGGUUCUCAUGUGUGUGUGUUUGCGUGUCUGUCCUCUUGGCCCCGAAUUGUUGGGGUUGGAGGCUCGGAAGCAAGGACCAGGAACAUGGGGGACCAGGGUGUGGGGUAUGGGGGAGCCAUGAUUUGGGGAGGUUGGGGGUCAGAAGAAAUCAUGCUUUUUUUGCAGGAGGAGCAUAGUUGCUGGCAGCCAAUAAUGGAAUAUUUGGGCGCAGCUCUGAAGGGGGGAGCUGAGGGCGUCACAGUGGGGACCCCCCUCUGCCCCCCCAAAGGGAACCAAACUGCGCCCCAUAGGAGAAUUUCCCAAGGGGAUCUUUAGAAAAGCUUUUCUGCUACUGUAAAAUUCGACUCCUGGAGGUCUGUUCUUGCUGCCGAAGCCAGGGCAGAAAUCCUGAUUUAUACUCCGAGGAAACGGUGUGGGGGGUUUAGGAACGGACUUUCCG